GGACGUCCGGCUUCUGAGCGGGAAACUUCUUUGCACUAGUGACGAAAAAACGAAUUAAAAAUGGGUGAUGUUGAGAAAGGCAAGAAGAUCUUUGUUCAGAAGUGUGCCCAGUGCCACACUGUGGAAAAGGGAGGCAAACACAAGACUGGGCCAAAUCUCCAUGGACUGUUUGGGCGGAAGACAGGUCAGGCUGCUGGAUUCUCUUACACAGAUGCCAAAAAGAACAAAGGCAUCACCUGGGGAGAGGAUACACUGGUGGAGUAUUUGGAGAAACCCAAAAAGUACAUCCCUGGAACAAAAAUGAUCUUCGCUGGCAUUAAGAAGAAGGGAGAAAGGGCAGACUUAAUAGCUUACCUCAAAAAAGCUACUAAUGAGUAAUAGUCACUGCCUUAUUUAUUACCAAACAAAUGUCUCAUGACUUUUCUAUGUGUACCAUAAUUUAAGUGAUGUGAUACACCAGAAUUCAGAUCAUGAAUGACUGACAAAAUUAUUUUUGUUGGACAGUCCUGAUAUAAGUAAAAUUGACUAGUAGUUAAAUUAUUAUUUUGGUUAUACUCCCACUUCAGUAAAUUCUAUCACUUUCCCCUUUUUAAAGUUAUGGUUGGACUUAAUUAGUAAUAUUCAGUAUUUCAAAAAAAUGGUGAAUGACAUCUCAAAACUGGUUUAUAUUCAGGUUUAUAUAACUAAUUAUGUGAAUAUGUUUAAAUAUGGGGGAAAUCCCUUCACUCUCAGAACCAAGCAUGAUUCACAUGUGUUUCAAUUUGUGUUUGUAGCCUAUUAAAGGCAAUGGUUGAAGA